UCUUAGAAGCUUGCCAAUAAGUAAGCAGAACUGCUUAGUCAUUAAAAUCUUAUCCUGCUAUAUCAUUAUUUAGAUAUCUAGACCUAGUUCUAAAUCCGGCUUGUGUCCAGCCUUGUCAAUAUAUAAUAAAACCAAGGUACUUGUUCUCUCUUGAAUUCAUUUUCACUGUGAUUAAUGCUGGUUUAGAUUGGAAAUUUGGUGACCUCUAAGUUAUUGUAUAUCAGAAUGCCAUCCAGACUUGGUUAUUGGGCCAUUAGAGGGCUUGCACAGCCUAUUCGCCUUCUUCUCACUUACGUUGGUGAAGAUUUUAAUGAUGAUCGUUAUGUGCAAGGAGAUGGUCCAACAUUCAGCAGAGAUGAAUGGAUGAAAGUUAAGAACACCCUUGGGUUAGAUUUUCCUAAUCUCCCAUACUACAUAGAUGAUGAGGUUAAACUAACUCAGUCUAACACUAUUUUGCGUUAUCUUGGAAGAAAGUACAAACUUUAUGGUGAAACUCCAAAAGAGAAUGCUGAAGUAGAUCUUUUACUUGAUGUCAUUAUGGAUGUCAGAAAUGGAUUUGUACGUCUUUGCUAUGGACCUGAGAUUACUGACGCUGUCCGUCAAGAGUAUGUCCAGCAAGUUAAAGCAACUCUUGAUUCACUUGAAAAGUUCUUAGGGGACAAAAAGUUUUUUGUUGGAGACAAGGUAACAAUCUGUGAUUUCCACAUUUAUGAAAUGUUUGAUCAACACAAACUAUUUGAACCUAGUCUGUUUGAAGGACGGAAGAGCCUCAAUGAGUAUUUGCACCGGUUUGAGGAACUGCCUAAGAUUAAGGAGUAUAGAUCCUCUGACAAAUGUAUUGUACGUCCUAUUAACAACAAGACUGCCAAAUUUCGUUAAUUCCUUAGCAGUGUAUUACUGCAUUUAAAUUAGUUAUUGAAGUGAUUAAUAACAAUUUAAAAUGUGUAAAGAUGCAUUUCCAUAAUUUUUUUUACUCUAAAGAAACGUGUUUUGAUGUUUAAUGUAGGCUUACACACAUCUCCGGUCAGUACAUGUGAUAAAAAUGUGCACUACAUCUUAAUUGUUAAAAACUUCACUACAGUAAUUUUUGGUUAACAAGCUUUCUUGAUCUUGUUUUUUUUUAAUUGAGGUGAUGAUGAAUAUAAUUUGAUGUAAAUCUACUUGUAUCUAGUCUUGAAAACUGCUAUUAGAUUAUAUUAGUAGUCUGUUUUUCAAUUAAUGAUGAAGUUUAUUUUGUUUAGUUUAUUACUUACUACACAGUAAGCUGCUAGUUUUAAGACACAUGGCCUUUUUAUACCUUUAGAAAUAAAAUCUAUUGUUUACAUUUGUUAUGGAUUGUUAAAGAUUAAGUUUUAUAUUUAACAUUUUAUUUUAAAAAGUUAAAAAUUUAUGUACUUAAAAAGUUAAUAAUGAAUUAGUUUAACUUCUAUCAUUAGAUUCCUAAAAUAUUAACUGGUCUGUAUUUUGAUCAUUACAAUAAAGUAAAAUGUAAAUCUCAUAAAAAAUGUUACAGCUAAUUAUUUUUUUCAUAUUUAAAUUGUUAUUGGCUGUUUAUGUCCAAAGGUAUUUUUUCUUAAUUUCUUUGUUUUUGAUGCAAACAACAAAUUUUUGCUAAACUAGAGAUAUAACUAUUUAGACUAAACUUCUAUUCUACACACAUUCCUGAGACACUGCCUUUAAGUUUAAGGGGGAUUAAAAGUUUAUCUUCCUACCA